GAUGGAGAAAUACGAGCGGAUCCGGGUGGUGGGGAGAGGGGCCUUCGGCAUCGUGCACCUCUGCCUGCGCAAGGCCGACCAGAAGCUGGUGAUCCUGAAGCAGAUCCCGGUGGAGCAGAUGAGCAAGGACGAGCGGCUGGCGGCGCAGAACGAGUGCCAGGUCCUCAAGCUGCUCAGCCACCCCAACGUCAUCGAGUACUACGAGAACUUCCUGGAGGACAAGGCGCUCAUGAUCGCCAUGGAGUAUGCCCCAGGGGGCACGCUAGCGGAGUUUAUUCACAAGCGCUGCAACUCCUUGCUGGAUGAGGAUACCAUCCUGCAUUUCUUCGUGCAGAUCCUCCUGGCUCUCCACCACGUGCACACCAAGCAGAUCCUGCACCGCGACCUAAAGACUCAGAACAUCCUCUUAGACAAGCAUCGCAUGAUCGUCAAGAUCGGAGACUUUGGUAUCUCCAAAAUCUUGAGCAGCAAGAGUAAAGCCUACACGGUUGUGGGAACUCCGUGCUACAUCUCCCCAGAGCUCUGUGAAGGGAAGCCUUACAACCAGAAGAGUGAUAUCUGGGCUUUGGGCUGUGUGCUGUACGAACUUGCCAGUCUCAAGAGGGCUUUCGAAGCUGCGAAUCUUCCUGCCUUAGUAUUGAAGAUCAUGAGCGGGACGUUUGCUCCAAUAUCAGAUAGAUAUAGCCCCGACCUGCGCCAGCUCAUCCUUAGCAUGCUGAACCUGGAUCCUUCCAAGCGGCCCCAGCUGAAUGAGAUCAUGGCCCAGGCCAUCUGCAUUCGGCCCCUUCUGAACCUCUACACUGACGUGGGCAGUGUCAAAAUGAGAAGGCCUGAAAAACCCUUGGCUCCAGUGCCAACAGUGACCCACAGCCGGACGGGGGGACGAGUGAGCAGUGCCAGGCCGAGGGGUGUUCGAGGUGGUUCAGCCAGGACAGGAAUCCCUCCUCCGCUGUCAUCCAUCUACACCUGGGGGAGCGGGAUCACCACCCCACUCCGCCUGCCCAUGCUUAACACUGAAGUGGUGCAGGUGUCUGCUGGCAGGACGCAGAAGGCCGGGGUCACCAAAUCGGGGCGGCUCAUCAUGUGGGAGGCUCCCCCGAUGGGUGCUGCGGGAGGCCCUUCUCUCCCAGGAGCCACCGAGCAGCUCCAGCCUCAGUUUGUGUCCCGCUUUCUGGAGGGCCAGUCUGGCGUGACCAUCAAACAUGUGUCCUGCGGCGAUCUCUUCACAGCCUGCCUCACGGACAGGGGCAUAAUCAUGACUUUUGGCAGCGGCAGCAAUGGCUGUUUGGGGCACAGAAACUUCACGGACGUAAGCCAGCCCAAGAUUGUGGAGGCCCUGCUGGGCUACGAGAUGGUGCAGGUGGCCUGUGGCGCGUCUCACGUCCUGGCGGUGUCCAACGAGCGGGAAGUGUUUGCCUGGGGCAGGGGGGAUAAUGGUCGGCUUGGGCUGGGUACCCUGGAGUGCCACAACUCCCCCCAGCAGGUCGCAGUCCCGCCAGAACACGAGGCUCAGAGGGUCAUCUGUGGCAUCGAUUCCUCCAUGGUCCUCACAGUGAAGAACCAGAUUCUCGCUUGUGGGAGCAACAGGUGUAACAAGCUGGGCCUAGAUCAGAUCAGCUCAGCAGAGGAGCCUUCCCUGGAGGACCAGGUGGAAGAGGCCACCACGUUCUUGUGUGCCCAGUCGACCCCCUUGAACCAAGAGCCGAUUGUGUGUGCGGACAUCGGUACAGCGCACUCGGCUGCAGUCACAGCUUCUGGCCAGUGUUACACCUUUGGGAGCAACCAGCAUGGGCAGCUGGGCACCAAUUCCUGCCACAACAGCCGCGUACCCCACCUGGUCGUGGGGCUCCAGGCAAUGAAGGUCACCAUGGUGGCUUGUGGUGAUGCUUUCACUGUGGCCAUCGGAGCAGAUGGCGAAGUGUGCACGUGGGGGAAAGGAGCCAGGGGACGCCUGGGCAGGAAGGACGAGGAAACAGGAGCGCCGAGACCGGUGCAGCUGGAGGAGACGCAUCCAUACCUGGUGACCUCCGUAGCCUGCUGCCACGGGAACACACUGCUGGCAGUAAAGCCUGCUGUGGAAGAGUCACCUUCCCAGUGA